AUGCACAGCUCGCUCGCUCGGCAGGUGGGCCCGCCGAUCCGGCCUGGCUGCGCGGACCAGAGCCGCCGCCGCGGUCCAUCCGGUUCGGUCCGGUGCCGCGCCGAGGCCGCGCCGCCGGUGUCCGUCGUUAGGACGGGGCCGUACACCGGGAGGGACCCGGAGGUGAAGAAGCCGGCGUGGCUGAGGCAGAGGGCGGCGCACGGGGAGAAGUACGCGCGGAUGCGGGAGUCGCUCGGCGAGCUCAAGCUCAACACCGUCUGCGUCGAGGCCCAGUGCCCCAACAUCGGCGAGUGCUGGAACGGAGGGGGAGGGGCCGGCGGGGAAGGCGACGGAAUUGCCACGGCGACCAUCAUGGUGCUCGGCGAUACCUGCACUCGCGGCUGCCGAUUCUGUGCCGUGAAGACCAGCAACAAGCCUCCGCCGCCGGAUCCCAUGGAACCUCUGAACACAGCCUUGGCCGUUGCAAGUUGGGGAGUAGACUAUGUUGUGCUGACAAGUGUUGAUAGAGAUGACUUGCCUGAUGGGGGGAGUGGCCAUUUUGCUCAGACAGUGAGAGCUUUGAAGGAGCUAAAACCGGGGAUAUUGGUGGAAUGCUUAACUUCGGACUUUCGAGGUGAUCUGGAGGCUGUUUCCUCUUUGGCCGAUUCUAAUCUAGAUGUCUUUGCGCACAACAUUGAAACCGUGAGGAGUCUGCAGAGAAUUGUGAGGGAUCCUCGAGCAGGAUAUGAGCAGAGCUUAGCUGUUCUAAAGCAUGCAAAAAUUUGCAAAGAGGGGAUGAUAACCAAGUCUUCUAUCAUGCUUGGUCUUGGGGAAACUGACGAGGAGGUGAAACAAGCCAUGAUUGACUUGAGGGCAGUUGGUGUUGAUAUUCUCACAUUGGGCCAAUAUUUACAGCCAACAGAAAAACAUUUGACGGUAAGAGAGUAUGUGACGCCUGAGAAGUUCCAGUUUUGGAAGGAGUAUGGAGAAUCGUUGGGUUUUUGUUAUGUUGCUAGUGGACCUCUGGAGUCUGAAACAAGAAAUAAAGAACAGACUGAGCUCAAAGGCAACAGCCUCUUACAUGCAGCAACGGAUGCAACACAAUGGUCAAACGCCUUGGUCUAG